AGGGCCAUUCUCUUUUAUGGGACCUAGAAAAAAAACAACUUUAAAUGAGACCGGACUUUAGCUAAUUUUACUGAUAUGAAAACAGAUGCACCUGUCAUGCUUCCACUAUUGAUUUACAAAGGUCCAUACAGUCACCAGCUUGGUGACUACAAUCAGCUCCACUGGUCAUAUAUGUUGGUGUCACAAGGCCAAAAAGUCAUGUUGACUAUUCUGUUGGUUGCGGUAAUGUUUAGCCAAGGGCAGUCAUGGAGCGACUAUGGGUAUCACUUCAUCACGGCAUUCCCAGAGAACAUUGCUUCCUACUAUCCACUUUAUCCAUCGAAUUAUCUCAACAUCACCGCCCUCUAUAAUGACACUUCAGUGGACGUUUACUUCAAUCAAACGUUAAUAUACAAUAACACACUGCAAUCAGGACGCACUGAAACUGUGACCCUCCCUGUGGAUGUUGAGCAAUAUCAAUUCGGUCAAUCCUACGAGUCCGUCAUGAUACAAAGUUCAUAUUACAUUGUGGUACUGUCAGUCAGUCAGCGAGGAGAUAGUGUGCAGACGAAUGUGGUUCAGCCUUUACAAAAUCUUUAUACAUUUUACACCAUCCCCUCUCUGAAUUACAAUGAGAUGAUGUCUACCUUCAAUCAAAUGGCCAACAACAUCAGCAAGAAAUACAGUUCAUUCAGGCUGAUCAUUAUAAACUCACAAGGUCUGAAUAACCAGGUAAUAAUUCAACGGCAACAGUUUCAGGACACGGUAAUCAUACUUAAGCCUAAUGGCCUUGUCCAACUUCCAAUCAAUGGUUCGGAAAUCACUAUAGUAGCUGAUUAUAAAGUGGCUGUACUGCUUACCCACCCAUGUGUAGAAACAGAAAGCUGCAGAUGCAACAUGGUGGUGAACCAACUUCGUCCUGAUUUCAAGUGGAGUAAUGAAUUUAUUGUGCCCUCAGUGGUGAACAUGAGCAAAACUUGGCUACAUGUGACAUCCACAAUGAACAUUCAACUUUACAGUGGUGUGAAAUUAGAACCCAGUAAUUUUGAACCUUAUCCCUCAAAUCCCCUGUCCCUCCCAUCUGUGCAGUCAGAUUCCCAAUACAUCUAUACCUCCGAAGCUGCUUCUCUUCGACUUGUCAGUCCUGGCGUCUUCAUUGAACUGAUCCCACUUUACAUGUUUCAUGCGUGCUACCUGGUGCAAUUCAAGUCGACACAGGGUGAGGUCUUGGUGAUAGCUAAAACAGCCUAUACGGAUAAUGUGCACAUAGACAGUAAUUUGCUCUCAUCCACUGAGUGGAGCCCCAUCACCAAUACACAGUACUCUUCUGUAUCAGUGAUCCUUGAUGGGGCACACAUCAUCUGGCAUCCAUCCACAACAAUUGGAGUGUACAUGUUUGAGAGGAUGAAGAGUGGAAUUCUUUACGGAGGCCCAGCUAUUGCUUUGAAGACACAGCCAGCCCCCGUUGGCUGUUUAUUGCACUCUACUGGGUUUGAAAUCGUUCAAACACCCAUGACCUGGGUUGAAUCCCAUCAAAACUGUAUAUUCACAAAAGGCCAGCUGUUCAGUCCAAACACUGCAGAGGCCCAAAUGCAGAUUGCCAACUUUCUGGAUAAUCAAGAAAUACAAGAGGACCUCUGGAUUGGACUGCGGCGCAGUCUGCUCACAUUAGACUGGUACUGGCAGAAGGGUAAUGUGAGCAUAUACAACUCGAGCUACAUGCAGUGGGGAACUGGGGAGCCCGGUGAUCAUGUGAAGGGCAUGUGUGCUUCUAUAUUCCCAAAUUCCAUCAUAGAUUUCCCUUGGAAAAGUGUGCGCUGCUGCACUAAAUUGAAGUCUGUCUGCUACAGGACGGCUCAGUACUUCAGUCUGCAGUCUGAAAUACAGACAGUCAGACAGACAGUCAAUGAAUUCGAACUUUCACAAACAACUGCUUACGUUUAAAAAUUGGCUUCUGUGGUUGCUAAAACUUAAUGGUAAAAAUAGAAUGGCAUUACAGGAUAGCAUUUUGUUGUCUGUUUAUUUUACAAUUCAGAACUGUUUACAUCUUUUAAAAAAUAAUGUUAACAUACCAAGCUUGAGCUACCAUUCAUAACCAUAUAUAAUGUAUGUAGGCCUACAUCUUAUUUACAAUAUUCACACUGUUUAUCUAGAAACAUGUAUUUAUAUGUUGUAAUUAUGACUUUAUUAUUUCAGUAAGAACUUAAUUACUGUUAGUUACAUCAUUACAUUUAAUUUCAAAUUGAUUGAUUUUGCAGCAAGACAUUCAUACACAAAUAUUCGGUGACACAUUAAAUUACCUCUCAAAAAACAACCUGACUAAACAUAACAUCAUUAUAUUUAGAAAGUUUGGCACACUGUAUAUUAAUUGCUUGCAGUUAAAAUGUGUAGUUAAUAAACUUUCAGCUUUCAUACCUAGGUAGUAAAUAACGUGCUGUGAGGUUUCGUGGUGUGAAGCAUGUGAUGCUCUCCAUGACAAUAAGCUGUCAUGUCAACAGCUCAUUAUUCAGAGUGCUGUGAUGGACACAAAAUGUAAAAUGGACCUGUGCUACAGUAUUAACACACACACAAAAUUAAGAUAAUUUUGUUCAGAAAGGGAAGCACUGUGGUCUUGUAACAUCAGGAAAGUUGUUGGUAAUGUAAAACACAACAGAAUGUCAAAUACUGUAAUAUUAAUAAAAUUCUUAAUGGGAAUGUUUAUAAACUAACUUCAUGAGGAGGAAACAGAGGGUUAUAAAUCAGAGUGAGAUUUAAAUUUAAGGCUUAAACUCCCAACAAGAUUUACUGGUUUCUGCUCAAAAGUAGCAAAAGGGCAGUCAGAUAUGAAGAAUAGAGAACUGAACUAAAAACAGACAGUGCUUAUGAUUUUCAUAUGUCACAUAUAUCAUGAGUAAUAUAUACAUUAAAAUACAUGGAAUACAUAGUUUCAAAGACAAUGCAUAUCUGCAAUAUUUUUGGUAGUAUUUUAUUUCCUUAAAGGUAAAAAAAUAAAAUUAAAAUAAAAAUUGGUCUGUAACUGUUGAGAAUGCAUUAAAAAUUCAAACUCAAUAUAAAACAAAAUAUUUCACAUCUAUUUUGUAAUCAAAGUCAAAAUUAAUAGCAGAACAGACAAUUAAUGUUUUUAAUAUAUAUAUAUAUAUAUAUAUAUAUACUGGCGGCCAAAAGUUUGGAAUAAUAUACAGGUUUUGCUGUUUCUGAAGGAAAUUGGUACUUUAAUUCAUCAAAGUGACUUUCAACUGAUCACAAAGUAUAGUCAGGACAUUACUGAUGUAAAAAACAGCACCAUCACUAUUUGAAAAAAGUCAUUUUUGAUCAAAUCUAGACAGGCCCCAUUUCCAGCAGCCAUUACUCCAGCACCUUAUCCUUGAGUAAUCAUGCUAAAUUGCUAAUUUGGUACUAGAAAAUCACUUGCCAUUAUAUCAAACACAGCUGAAAGAUAUUUGGUCCGUUAAAGUAAUCUUAACAUUGUCUCUGUGUUUGUUUUUGAGUUGCCACAGUAUGCAAUAGUCUGGCAUGUCUUAAGGUCAAUAUUAGGUCAAAAAUGGCAAAAAUAAAAAGAAACAGCUUUCUCUAGAAACUCAUCAGUCAAUCAUUGUUUUGAGGAAUGAAGGCUAUACAAUGCUUGAAAUUGCCAAAAAACUGAAGAUUUCAUACAAAGGUUGACACUACAGUCUUCAAAGACAAAGGACAACUGGCUCUAACAAGGACAGAAUGAGAUGCGGAAGGCCAGAUGUACAACUAAACAAGAGGAUAAGUACAUCAAAGUCUCUAGUUUGAGAAAUAGACACCUCACAUGUCCUCAGCUGACAGCUUCAUUGAAUUCUACCCGCUCAACACCAGUUUCAUGUACAACAGUAAAGAGAAGACUCAGUGCAGGGGUGCAGGUCUUAUGGGAAGAAUUGCAAAG